GAGACAAUAACAACCCCCAGGUGUCCACGUAGAGACAAUAACGACCCCCAGGUGUCCAUGUAGAGAUGAGAACGUCCAACUGGUAAGAGGUCCCAUGGUGGAUCCAGAACAGAAUGGAGGGACUAUACAUGUGGUCUGGUUUAGUCCUCGGAUAAUCAAAUAAUGUGUGUGAUAUACGUAUACGUAUAAGUGUGUGUGUUUGUUUAGAUGGGUUAUGCGAACCCUCAGCAGACGGCUGCAGGCAUACACACUCGCCUGUACAGCCGAGCCUUCAUCAUCGAUGACGGGAGGCGGAGAGUCGUGUUCGUCACCGCAGACGUAGGAAUGAUAUCACAGAGGCUACGACUGGAGGUUCUACAGGCGCUGCAGGUGAAAUACGGGGACCUGUACCGUCAGGAGAACGUGGUCCUGAGUGGGACUCACACUCACUGCGGACCGGCUGGAUACUUCCAGUACACACUGUUUAUGAUCAGCAGUAAAGGCUACAUGAAGGAGUCCAUCGGGCCGCUGGUCAACGGCAUCGUCAAGAGUAUAGACGUAGCCCAUGGUAACAUGUAUCGAUAAUUGUUGGAAUGCUGUUAAUCCUAAUCUUUAUUCUUCGUUUUAUUAUUAUUAUAUUUCUUCCGUCCCACC